AUGGUAUUUCAAGAACUAAGUUAUGAUCAGGAUAGGAGUAGACACAAUAAUAGUCACUCGCCAGGCCAAAAUCAGGAAACAACAGAAAUGAAAUCUAAACACGUCUCGUUCAAGCCAUCUAGAGACUUUCAUACAAAUGAUUACUCGAACAACUACAUCCAUGGAAAUUCUCUACCACAACAGCACGUUACGAAUAUUGAGAAUAGAGUUGAUGGUUAUCCAAAACUUCAGAAGUUAUUUCAGGCAAAGGCUAAACAAAUCAAUCAAUUCGCCACUACGCCCUUUGGUUGUAAGAUAGGAAUAGACUCCAUUGUACCAACGUUGAACCAUUGGAUACAAAAUGAAAACUUGACAUUUGAUGUAGUGAUGAUUGGCUGCUUAACAGAAAACCAGUUUAUUUACCCAAUCUUAACCCAAUUACCUUUGGAUAAAUUAAUUUCUAAACCAGGAUUUCUCUUCAUUUGGGCUAACUCUCAGAAAAUCAAUGAACUUACUAAACUCUUGAAUAACGAAAUAUGGGCUAAGAAGUUUAGAAGGAGCGAGGAGUUGGUUUUUGUCCCUAUAGACAAGAAAUCACCAUUUUAUCCAGGUUUAGACCAAGACGAUGAAACGCUGAUGGAGAAAAUGCAAUGGCAUUGUUGGAUGUGUAUCACAGGUACAGUAAGAAGGUCUACAGAUGGGCAUUUGAUUCAUUGCAACGUAGAUACUGAUCUAAGCAUUGAGACGAAGGGUACUACCAAUGGUGCUGUACCAUCACACCUCUAUCGUAUUGCCGAAAACUUCUCCACCGCUACUAGACGGUUACAUAUCAUCCCCGCAAGAACUGGUUACGAAACACCUGUUAAAGUGAGGCCUGGUUGGGUCAUAGUGAGCCCAGAUGUUAUGUUGGAUAACUUUUCACCUAAGAGAUAUAAAGAGGAAAUCGCUAACCUAGGUUCCAAUAUUCCUUUGAAAAAUGAAAUUGAAUUGCUAAGACCAAGAAGCCCAGUACAAAAAGUACAAUAA